AUGAGACUCAACCUGAGCACCGUGUCACCAGAUACCCUCAAUUGGCUGAAGGAUUGUGAUGUGACAUGGCUGUAUGGGCCGUUGAAAACGCACUCAAACAUAGAAAAGCCAACUACUUCGCCGCCUCCGAGCUGCCUCGAAACGCCGACAUUUUCUAUGGAUAGGAAACCUAUUUUGAAGAAAAGGACCGCAUCUGAAUCAAUACUACAACGGUCUUUGUCACAGCAUACUCUAUUACAACAUGCAGGGGCUAUAUUGAAGGCACAAGAAGCGGAUCUAAGUCGUACCCGUCCCUCCUUAGGCCGACAUACAUCGAAAAUUGGGGCACUGAACAGAUCAUCUGAUGGGAUUCCGCAGAGCUCACUUACUGAUACUUCAACAAAUACAUCCUCUGGAACUGACUCGCCAAGUGAUAGGCGGCAUAUUCAUUUUAACGAUGAAGUCGUGCAGUGCAUCGCUGUGGAAGCCAAGGGAGACGAAGAAGAUGUGGAGUGGCUAACUACACCCGGGGAUGACGACGAUGGGCUUGUCAUGAUGAAACAGAUCUCUCCACACGAAUCAGUUGGUGGGGGGAAUAUAAUACGGAGCAGUUCAAAUGGGGAUAACAAGACGAUUGCACCCCUUCCUUCUACGACGCUUAAGUAUCGCAAAGAUACCUCAGAAUCCCCGGUGUGCUCUAUAAUGGAUCGGUGGACCGAAUAUUUCUCGACACCUUCGUUGAGCUCUGACUCUACAAAAGCAUACUGGUAUUCUGACCAGUCGGCCGACUUUUUCUCUGAAGAGGACCAUGAAGAUAUUUGCACUGGGCUGGAUUCCAAGUGGGAAUGCAAACAUUGCUCACGGAACCCAGCAGACCAAAAUCAUCCUUGGUUUAUGAACACUGAAGAUGAAGAAGAGCUCGCCAAAAAUCUUAGUUUUUCGCAGUCAGAAUUACCUACGUCUCCUGGCGAAGGCGGGCAGUCUUACCCCGAUAUGUUUGACAAGAUAAUUGAUGCUGUCAACACAGCCCGGGAUAUCGCCCAUGUCAUAUGGAAUGUCGGGUGGCGCCGAUGA